GAGUACACUACACGUAUCAGAUAAGCAUAGAGAGAAAUAGAGAGAGAGAGAAUAUUUCUGGGCGUGCAGAUGGCUCGGAGCUCCACAAGAAUGAAACGGGUCUUCAUCCUCGUGCUCCUAAUCUCACUCCAUUUGGCCCUCGCAGAAGAUGGUUUAGUGGCGAAUGGAGAUUUUGAGGCAACCCCAUCAAAUGGGUUCCCAAGCGAGGCAAUGGUGGAGGGGCCGAGUGAAGUCCCUAAUUGGAAAUCAAACGGCACCGUUGAGCUUGUGGAGUCUGGGCAAAAACAAGGUGGGAUGAUCCUCAUCGUACCACAAGGUAGACACGCGGUGAGGCUGGGGAACGACGCUGAGAUCAGCCAGGAAAUACCGGUGGAGAAGGGUUCGAUUUACUCGGUCACGUUUUGUGCGGCUCGCACGUGCGCCCAGUUGGAAUCCCUCAACGUGUCAGUCCCACCUGCAUCACAGACGAUAGACCUGCAGACCCUGUACAACGUGCAGGGUUGGAACCCUUACGCGGUUUCUUUCAAUGCGGACGGCGACACUUUUAAUUUGGUUUUUAAGAACCCUGGUAUGGAAGAUGACCCCACUUGUGGCCCCAUCAUUGAUAACAUUGCUAUCAAGAAGCUUUUCACUCCCGAUAAGCCCAAAGACAACGCAGUAAACAACGGUGAUUUUGAAGAAGGUCCAUGGAUGUUUAGGAAUACUUCACUUGGUGUCCUGCUUCCAACAAACCUGGACGAGGAAACUACCUCGUUGCCCGGUUGGAUAGUUGAAUCCAACCGAGCCAUUCGCUACAUUGAUUCUGAUCAUUACGCUGUUCCACAAGGUAAGAGAGCCAUUGAGUUGCUCUCAGGAAAAGAAGGCAUCAUAUCCCAAAUGGUUGAGACCACUCCUGACAAACCAUAUUCCUUAACCUUCUCUUUAGGUCAUGCAGAUGACAAAUGCAAGGAACCACUUGCUGUCAUGGCUUUUGCUGGUGACCAAGCUCAGAACAUUCAUUACACUCCAAAUUCCAACUCUACAUUCCAAACUGCUAACCUCAAUUUCACUGCCAAGGCUGAUAGGACUAGAAUUGCCUUCUACAGUGUGUACUAUAAUACCAGAAGUGAUGACAUGAGCUCUCUGUGUGGGCCUGUCGUAGAUGAUGUCAAAGUCUGGCUUUCUGGGUCCAACGGGCUUCGUGGGUUGGGCUUAGUAAGGCUCGGGCUUGUGAUUUUGGGUUUGCUCUUGGUUCUGGUUUAAAGGGGUUUGCUUUUAUUUACUGUUACCACGCCUAAUAGGUUCUGUUGGAUUAGAGGUGUAAGUGAAGUAGUAGUUACGUUCUCCGAAUCUGUUUGUAUCUGUACUGGCCUUAAGUUUAUAGUUUAUGCU